AUGUCAACCUUCCCCGUCGAAUCCGAGCUCGCUCAUCCUAAACCAGUCGUUGUUGACGUUGACGGGAACCGCGACGAGGAGAAGGAGCUCGCCAGAAUCGUCGCGGCUUCCCAUUCACCUUCCGAGAUCUCCGACGACUUCACGCUCAUCGCCUCGAAUGAGCACUUCGUCCGUGAUCUGGCAUACACCCUCGAAGAGGAACACAAAGUUCGCCGUAAGCUCGAUACGCAUCUCAUGCCUUGGAUUCUCCUCACGACCUUCAUCCUGAACAUGGAUCGCACGAACAACUCCAAUGCAAUCUCCGCCGGCCUCCCUGCUGAUCUCGGCUUCACCAUCGAUGCCGUGAACAAUGCAACCCUCAUCUACGCCCUCGUCUUCACCCUCGCUACCUUCUCCGGUGCCAUCAUCGCCAAACAAGUCGGUCCUCACCGCUGGAUUCCUAUUCUAAUGUUCGCUUGGGGUAUCGUUACGUGGUCUCACAUCUUCAUCAAGAAUGUUGGUGGUUACUACGCUGUAAGGUUCUUCAUCGCGUUGACGGAGGGUGGAGUCAUCCCUGCUACGCUGAUUUAUCUUGGUGGGUAUUAUUCGACGAAGGAGCUGGCUGUCCGUCUUGCUACGUUCUGGGGAGUCCAGAGUGUCGCGUCUGCUGUCUCUGGUCUCAUGGCUGCUGGUAUCUUGAAGAUGAACGGCAUCUCCGGGCUCGAAGGUUGGAAGUGGCUGUUCCUCAUCGACGGAGUGAUCACGAACGUCGUCGCCAUCCUUACGUUCUUCUACCUCCCCUCAGGUCCUGGGAGGACUAAGGGUGGUCUCCGUGGUCCUAAGGGAUGGUUCACCGAUCGUCAGGUAAAGAUUGCUGUGACCCGUCUCAUCCGCGACGACCCCGUCAAGUCCGAUUAUGAACAAAAAGUUACUUGGUCUGAUAUCCGUGACGCUGCUAUUGACCCUCGCCUCUGGGCUCACCUGGUCCUCACCUUCGUCGGCAUGAUGCCUAUUACCCCGUUGCAGACUUACAUGCCGACUGUCAUCAAGACAUUCGGCUACAACGUGUUCGUGUCGAACGCCUUGACGGCGCCACCCUAUCUGCUGCAGAUGGUUGCCUCCGUUGCUCUCUGCUGGAACUCGGACCGUGUCGGCGAACGUGGGUUCCAUGGCGUUUUUGGCGCGGCGUGGUUUAUGGUUGGAUGGAUCAUGCUUCGUGCUUUGCCGGAGACAUCAUCGAAGGGAGUUAGGUACCUCGCCAUCCUCAUCGCCGGUGGAUGGCCCAUCACGCACCCCCUCAACAUCGCAUGGAUGACGGAGAACAUGGCACCCCUUGGAAAGCGUACUGUUGCCUCCGGUGCAAUCAUCGGCGCAGCGAACUUGUUUGCAGUUCCCGGCGCCUACAUCUAUCGCGCCGAUGACCAGCCUUACUUCCACCGUGGUAACUCUGUGUUGAUUGCAUUGACGGCUAGUUCGAUCGUUAUUUGGAUUUCCUUGAAGUUCUGGUAUAGGCACACCAACAGGGUGCGUGAGGAGAGGUGGGCGAGUUUUACGCAUGAGGUGCAGGUUGAGUACGUCAAGAAUACCAGUGACAAGGGAAACCAGCGUUUGGAUUUCAGGUUCCGCAACUAA